AUGACCACGACAAUAUCUGCGAGGAGCGUCAGAAAAGCCUUCGUCCCUAACGCGGACGCUGCUGUCCUGACCACGAAACAUCUUCUCCCGUCCGCGCGCCCGCUCACGCCUCACCCCAUCUUUGACCCAGACGGCCUCAAGAAGCCCGUUGACGCCUGGUGUCAAGAACGGCAUGGAUCUAAUUACCCCCCUACUUCCGAACCUUUCGAGCCCGCCUUCAUACCCGAAAACCCCACGUGCGGUUCGGAUCGAUACCUGCGUCCAACACUAGCAAAAGACGAGCGACUCAGACUCUCAAUGCUCUGGUACUACACUCGCGACGUCCUCUACGAAACAGAAUUCCUAUCCGGACUCCAGGAAAAGGCGCGUCUCGCGCAAGAGUCGGCUGGUUGGGAGUUCUCCGUCAUCGGAUUUCUCGAUGUCAACUACCACACCCGCUUAGCCGCGGUCGGCUUGCCUCUGGGCAUUCUCCCCCGGGGCGAGACCAUCUGCGCGCACACAAUCAAUAUGCCGCCAGGUAGCGUGUUCCUGAUGCCCAAUAUGCUGGAGGAUUGGCGGUUCAAAGAUUCACCAUAUGUAGAGUCCGGCAAGCUCCAUGCUUAUGCCGGCGCACCACUUCGCCUGCAGAGCGAAUCAGGCGUCACUGUCGCUUUAGGAUCACUUUGCGUGGCCUCAGGCGCGAGCCAGCCGCCAUUGACCAAGACGAAGCAACGCGCGAUUGCGCACCUGGCUGACUGGAUCGUGUCGGACCUAGUACAGUGCGCCAGAGUGAGGCGGCAACGGCAGCGUCGCCACAUGGCCGACCUCAUUGCCGCCGCGCAGGUUGAUCUGGACCGUGUUCUGGACAAGCGGCCCAUCCUCCAUAUCUUGGAGACUAUUUAUCCAGAAGCAGUCAUCAGCCGCGAAUCAGCCAAGGCCACUCAUCUGGAGGUUCAAGGGCGCGAGCCGUUAGUUAUCGCAGAUUUCGAAGACGGUGUAUGGGAGGACACCGACUACAUCGAUGAAUUCAUCGCUCAGUCCAACUGCUUCGAACUCCCAACCAACAGGGUUGUGCGGAUCUUGAGUGCUAGGUUCGAAGGGACAUCAGGCUCCAACUUAGUCGCUGUGGCAUCGAAUGACUUUCGGUUGGUUUUUGACGACAUCGAUCUUUGGUUUAUUCAGACUUGUGCCAGUUUGAUAUCCCAGGCAUGGCACAAGCGGCUUCUCAACGAAGCUAUCAAAGCCAAGGAUGAAUUCCUCCGUGGAUUCUCACACCAACUGCGAACCCCGAUUCAUGGCAUUCUCGGAUGCGUGGAGCUGCUGUCCGAAGAAUUAUCAACGCGAAAGGCAGCGUUAGGAGCACUCUCCGUGUCCGCAUCAUCCGCCAACGCCGGAACUUCGAAUCUAUAUCUUGAAUCAAUCAAGACGUCAGGCCGAGACCUGAUAGCUAUUGUCAACAGUAUGAUCACGCUCAACCGAUGGGCCGAGAUUGCGAUGGCGGAAAGGUCCUAUGCCGUAUGUUCACUUCAAGAAGUCGAGGCCGAUCUGGCAGAGGAAACCAGUAAAGCGUUCUCUGGAGACAGCAGAUACCGGCCGUCGGUUCUCUUCAGCUGCGAUCCGUCACCAGAUUGCAACGAAUUCCAGGCUGAUCGCAGCCUGCUCCGAGACAGUCUACUGCCCCUCAUUGUCAACGCUGUGCAGAACACGCCAGAGGGUAUUGUGACCGUGACGCUAUCUCUCCGGGCCGACAUCCGCGAGCUUACCGUCGAUAUCGUAGAUACUAGUCGCGGUAUAUAUCUAGACUACUAA